GAUAAUUGCAGUUCUCGCACUUCCUGUUGGCCUUGCAAAACUGUAAACAAAUGUGAGAUCGUAGUUCCACGAAGGGUCAAAUCAGCCAAGCAUCCCGUGAAACCGAUACAGAUCAAUGAGCUCUGAGCUUCGAGAAGGAACUUUUGGAAGAAUAAGCGGCGUGUUGCAGCGAUUAUAGCUGUAUCAAAGCAACGACGCGAGUGGAAGACAUUAGCUGUCCGCUCGGGAAUACAAGUGAUAAGCCAGCUAGCUGGCAGUCGCUUGAACAGUCUUCAUCGCCCUUCAUCAGGGCCCAGCCUAAUUCAGGAUGGUGUGUGUGGGGACUCUGGGUGUCUCUGUCCUUGUCUUAUGCUUCGCUCUGGCACCCUCUCCUGGUCAGGCAUAUAUAUAUGCUCAUUACAGUAACAUGACCUCCAUGCUGUUCGAAGAUCUGCCUGCUCUCUUUGGCUCUCCUCUGCCAAAAGAUGGACUCACGGGUGUGCUGGUUGAAGCUCGUCCUCAGAACGCUUGCACACCUAUAGAUCCUCCUCCAGUUUCUCCCACACCCUCCGAUCCCACUACAAACAGCACUACAAAAUACAUCGUCCUCAUUCGACGCUACGACUGUAACUUUGAUAUCAAGGUGUUCCAUGCACAGAGGGCUGGUUUCAGUGCAGCAAUAGUUCACAACAUGUACUCUAAUUCACUUCUCAGUAUGGGAUACAGCAAUGAGACCAUUGCAGAGGAGAUCGAGAUUCCCUCUGUGUUCACAAGCUACUAUGCCUCUCAAAUACUGCGCAGCUUUAUCAUACCAGAGAAAGGGGCCUAUGUGAUUCUGAAGCCUGAGUUCUCCUUUCCUCUGUCCUACUAUCUCAUCCCCUUCACUGGAGUCGUGGGCAUGAUCAUCAUUGUCAUGGUCAUCAUACUGAUUGUGCGGUGCGUGCAGCACAGGAAGAGACUUCGGAAAAACAGACUCUCCAAAGAACAGCUGAGGAAAAUCCCCACUCACAAGUUUGUUAAAGGUGAUGAGUAUGAUGUGUGCGCGAUUUGCCUGGAUGAAUAUGAAGAGGGAGAUAAGCUGAGAGUGCUGCCGUGUUCACAUGCUUACCACUGCAGGUGUGUGGACCCCUGGCUCACCCAAACCAAGAAAACCUGCCCGGUGUGCAAGCAACGUGUGACCCGUCCCAACCCAGAACACUCUGAGUCUUCAGAUUCUGAGGAAGAGGCAGGGCCGCGCGAGGCUGGCGAGGAAGAGGAAGGAGUAAUCAGUGAGGCCGAUUCUGAGCGCACCCCUCUCCUUCGUUCAUCCAACCCUGCGUCUCCUGCCUCUUCCAGCCCGCCUCCGAAUUACGCCUCCACCGUAACGUCCCCGGCAGCCGUGGCUACGGUAACAACCUCCGCACAGUGCUUGCCGCACACACUGCAGCAUGACGUGCCCCUCCUGGGCCAGGAUGAGUACUGCUCACCCAUAGAGGACUCGGAUGAAGCUACUGAUGAUGAGGAGGGUCACCCCUCAGAUAACGACACCACAGAGCUUAUUGGACGCGGCGCUCUACGAGUCUGAGCCAUUGAUUUAAAAACGGCCCUUUAUCUCGGUCACUUUGGUUGUUCUAGCGAUCCAUUUUCUCUGAUGUCUAUCACAGAUUUUGGAUUUUUACACCCCUUUUUUUGAGAUGCAUUUUGUCUCAGUCCAGUCUCACUGAGAUGCACGUCCAUCACACUUUUAGUUAUAGCUAAAUCAUCCAACACUAAACAGCAUAUGUGUUACAUUUUAUAGUUCCUGACAAAAAUACACAGAUUGGUGUGGUUCACAAAAUCAUUUGUUCUCCUAAAAUGUCCAAAUCAAAGUUAAAGGUAAUGGAAAAACUAUUUGAAGUUGCUGACAGCGUUUCUUGACAAAAUAGUCAAUACAUAAAUAAAUUAAAACACAUCAUUUACUCACCCUCAUGUCAUUCCAAACCCAUAUAAAUUUCUUUCUUCUGUGGAACACUACGGAGCCCCGCACAUGACAUGCAGGGGAAAAAGUAAAUCGUGCACAUGAUUUACUAAUUCGUUCCCUCGAUUUAUAAAUCGUUCACAUGUUUUACUAUUUCGUUCCCUCGAUUUAUAAAUAGUGUGCAUGAUUUAGCAAAUCAAGGGAAUGAAUUCAUGCGUACGAUUUAUGAAUUGAGGGAACAAAUUAGUAAAUCGUACACACAAUGUAGCCUACUAUUUCUUUUUUUUCCUGCAUGUCAUGUGCUGGGCUCCAUUUUUGCAGGAUGUUUUGCAGUGUAUGACAUAUGACAACACUGCACUUUUUUUUUUUUUUAUAAUCUGACACACCUAUUUCAGGUGUUGGAGUCUCUACUAAUGAGCUAAAUAGGGAAACACUGUUCUACAAGACAAAAAAAGACCUGUCAAACCUGGACACGUGUGAAGCCUAAAUAUGUGGAAGUGCAAAUGAGAUUUUCUAACUGUGGUGCAGGAGCAGAUUUUCAGUGAAUGAUGACUAGUUCAUCCAAAAAUGAAAAUUCUGUCAUCAUUUACACACCCUCAUGUCGUUCCAAACCCAUGAGAUUUUUUUUUUUGUUCCUUUAGAACACAAAUGAAGAUAUUUUUAGUAUUCUCUCAUCCUUUUUGUCCCUCUACUGAAAGUCCAAACAACCAAAACGUUAACGCAUUACAACAAAAAGAUAACCAUAUCCAUCCAUAUGAAUUGAGUGGUUUAAUCCAAGACUUCUAUAGAGACACGAUCACUUUAUAUGAUGAACAGAUUAAAUUUAAUUUAGUAUAGUAAACAAAAACAAAAUAUACUUGCUUGAUGCACAAGAAUCAAUGAGGUUUGUUCUCAGGCGUCAUGUGAGUACAGUUGAGUUUUGUUUACCAUGUUUGAUGUGCUCUAUGUAUGUGCGUUGAUCAAUGUUUAUGAGAAUGAAAGACUAAAUUAAAUCUGUUCAUCAUAUAAAGUGAUCGAGUCUCUUUAGAAGACGUGGAUUAAACCGCUGUAUUACUUUUACAAUCUCUUUGUGAACUUUUUUUAGGUGUCAAAGUUUUUGGUUUCAUUAAAAAUCUUCAUUUGUGUUUCAAAGAUGAAUUAAAUUCUUACGGCUUUGGAAUCACAUGAGGGUGAAUAAAUGAUAUUUUUGGGUGAACUAUGCUUUUAAAUUCUGCUGUGUUCCUCGCACAAAGCUGUCGUUUGGCUUCACAAGAUAUAGAAUGUAGCACAUGAGUCAUAUGGAUUAUUUUUAUGCUUUUUAAUGGUGAUUAUUGUCUUUUUGUGAGCUUGGUUAGCUUAUGAAAAAGAGCAGCCUCCUUUAUAAUGCUAAAUUUCUUAGUUUGUGUUAAAAAAAAAAAAAAAAAAAAACUCAACACGUGGGUGAGUAAAUACAAUUUUGGGGAAACGAUUCCUGUAAGUUGGUGGUUCCUGCCUGGUCACCAUUUAUGUGCAAUACGGACAGGUUGCCAGUUUGUAAAUGAAUACUAAUAUUUUAUUUAUACCUACAGAGGUCGCACAGAAAUGAUUGCAGACUUCUGAAUUAGCGUCUUUGAUAAGUAAAUUCUUUUAUGUUAUUUUUAGUAAACACCUGCAUUGAUCAACCUGUUUAAGUGAUCAAAUCAUACCAUUCACACAGAAUUCACUUUAAGAGCCUGAUGAUUUAGAACAUAUUUGGUUGGUUAUUACAACAAAAUCCUUUAUAAACGGUUAUUUUUUUGUUAUUUUCAAUACAUAAACUGACUUUCUGAACUAGUUCCUUGCAGACCUCUCUCUCUCUCUCUACAUUAUGUAAAGGCAUUAUUCUCUCUUAUUUACAAAGAUUGCAGUUGAAAUAGUUUUAUUAUUGUUAUUGAUGCAAGCUAAAUGGACUAACAGUCUUAUUCUUUGUUUAAUAUAGACAUUUACCAUUUAAAUGCUAGCUGCUGUUUCAGAUUUAAAUUGGCUUUGAUCAUGAAUGACAGUGUAUAGACUUAAUGGCAGUGUUUAUUACCUUUUUACUGUCCUCUUAGGUUCCAUCUUUCAUCUCAAAUGAAUAAGAACCUGUGUCUAUACUAAAUAAACAUGUGCCUACUUCAAAUUUUCAUUUGUAAAUGUAAUACCAUCCAUCUCUUCCACUGAAUCACUGAUCGGUCAAAUGAAUAUUCACUGUCACAUGUCUGUUUUUCUUUCCCAAGUUUUAUCAUUGUGAUUUUGGUUUCAGUUUUUUGACAUCACGCAUUCAGAUAUGUUUGUGUCUCCUUUUAAAAAUAUAAAGCAAAUAACACUGUAAAGAAUCAUAGGGUUUGCACCUGUAGUAUGCUGAAACAACAUCUUUUAUUAUGUCUACUCUGUAAAUAAUGUUCAAUCCGUGUCUGUGUUUAAUCAUUGAGUGCUGCAUUCUAAUUGAUUGAAGAUUUAUUUAGGAUUGUACCAUUGCUUCAUUUUGUGCCAUAAAAAUAAUUUUACUAUC